AUGUUUCAAGAGAAGCGGGGCCUGAAGGGGCUCUUCCAGAAGAAGGUGGAUCCCAAGGAGCUGGUGCGCAAGUGGCAGUCGUCUCUGCGGGCGGAGGCCCGGAAGGUCGACAGGCAGAUUCGAGAUAUUGAGAGGGAGGAGAAGAAGGCCAAGCAGUCUGUGAAGGAUGCUGCUAAGAGGGGCGACAUGGCUUCAGCAAAGACGCUUGCCAGGGCACUAGUGAACUCAAAGAAGACUGUCUCACAGCUGUACACCAACAAGGCGCACAUGGUGUCAAUGCAAGCAGCCCUCACUGAACAGCUUGCUGUGGCCCGUGUCUCUGGGACUUUGAGCAAAAGCACCGAGGUGAUGACAGCAAUUAACAAGCUUGUCAAAAUCCCAGAGCUCAUGAACAACCUCCAGGAGAUGUCCAAAGAAAUGUUAAAGACUGGUCUGAUUGAGGAGAUUGUUGAAGACACCCUUGAGUCGGCGCUGGACAGCGAGGACCUAGAGGAGGAGACUGAGGCGGAGGUGGACAAGAUACUCAUGGAAGUCACCGGAGAGACUCUUGCAGAGCUCCCUCAGGCGGCCAAGCCACAAAAAGUGGCAGCUGAGCCUGUUGAGGAGGAGCCUGAGGAAGAAGGGGCAGAGCUGGGAGAAAUGCAAGACAGGUUGUCAGCGCUUCGAAAUUAG